AUGGGCGAACUGGAAGAUGAACCCAGGGAUCUGAUAAAAGUGACUUUUGAGAAGCUUUCCAUAGAUGAAGUGGCAGAAUCAAUAAAAUCUCCAUCUUGUGGAGCGGUAUCUUUGUUUAUGGGUACAACCAGAAACCAUUUUGAAGGAAAGAAAGUUGUCCAACUUGAAUAUGAAGCUUAUAUUCCAAUGGCUGAAGCUGAAAUAAAGAAGAUCUGCAGAAAUAUUAGAAAUCAAUGGCCAACAGUUCAGCACAUCAGUGUUCAUCACAGGCUUGGAUUAGUUAAUGUGACUGAAGCAAGUGUGAUCAUUGCCAUCUCCAGUCCACAUAGAAAUGAGUCCCUUGAAGCCGUGAAAUAUUGCAUUGACACUUUGAAAGCCACAGUGCCCAUAUGGAAGAAGGAGAUCUAUGAAAAUGAAGAAUAUACCUGGAAGGAAAAUAAGGAGUGUCAGUGGGCGAAAGAUAACCAGAAAUAAUUAGAUCUCAAUGUAAUCUUGAAGGAAGUAUUAUCAGUCUCUCUGUUGUCAAAGAAUUUAGUAUCAUGAAUUGAAAUUGGAUAAUUGUGCAUUAAUUGAAACUGAUGAUUUGCUUUUGCACUAUACUUUUAUGUAUAAGUAGAGACUGUGAUGCAUACACUUUUGUAUAGAAUUAUAUAAAGCAUAUGUAAUAUUUCCAUGGUGGAUAACUUCUUGAUCUGAAACUUGUUGAUGCCACUUAACUUCAUACUAAUUACCAGCAUUUAUGUUAAUUUAUAUUUAUAAAUAAACCUGUUCAGCAAUCUUAUUCUUCAAUUUAAUUUUGACCUUCCUGUUAGAUUGAAGAGAAUGCUAUAUCAGUUUUAAUAUGAAAGCUGUCACCUUUUUUCCUUGGGUUGUACUUCAUUUGGUUGUAAAAGUGAAUUUUGUUUUGCCGGUUAAAAGUAUGGUACUGGAUUGUUCUCAAUGCAUAUUAAGAACUACAAGUACAUUAGAGCAUAGAACAUAGAACAGUACAGUACUGGACAGGCCAUUCGGCCCACGAUCUUGAUGCUAAUUUAUACUAAAUGUCCUUCUGUGUAUCACUCGUAUCCCUCCAUUCCCUUCAUAUUCAUGUGUCUACCUAAAAGCCUCUUAAACUCCACCAAACUACCUGCUUCCACUCCUACCCCUGGUAACCCAUUCCAGGCACUUACCACUCUCUGAGUUAAGAAAAAUAAUUGCCUCUCAUGUCGCCUGUAUACUCCCCACCUCCCCCCUGCCCCCCCAACCUUAAAAGCAUAUCCUCUGGUGUAUGACAUUGCUACCCUGGGAAAGGAUUCUGUCUAUCUACCCUAUCUGUGCCUCAUAAUUUUAAGAAGUCUCUAUCAUGUCUCCCCUCAGCCUCCAAUGGUCUAGGGAGAACAACUGAAGUUUGUCCAACCUUUCCUUCUAGCUCACACCCUCUAAUCCAGGCAGCAUCUUGAUGAACCUCCUUUGCACCCUUUCCACAGUCUCCACAUCCUUUCUAUAAUGGGGCAACUAGAACUGCCCACAAUACUCCAAGUAUGGUCUGACUAAAGUUUUAUAUAGCUGCAGCAUAACUUCCCUAUUAUACGCAACACCCCUACAGAUGAAGGCAUGCAUUCCAUACGCCUUCUUUACCACCUUAUCCACUUGCGUAGUCUCUUUCAGUGAACUAUGGACCUGGACCCCAAGAUCCCUUUGUACCUCAAUGUUAUUAAGGGGCCUAUUAACUGUAUGCUUGCUUCUUUCAUUUGACCUCCCAAAGUGCAACACCUUACACUUGACCAGAUUAAACUCUAUCAGCCACAUCUCUGCCCAUAUAUGUAACUGAUCUAAAUCCCACUGCAUUCUUUGAUAGUCCUUUAUACUGAUAGUCCUUUACACUGAUCCUUGAUUGAUUGGAACUGCCCAAGGUAAAGAAGUAUUUGCUUGACUCUAAAUGAUGUUUGCCUACAAACAUUAGGUAAUAUGCUCUACAUUAUCAAGCUGUAAUAAAAAUUACAUUUGAGGUGUAUAAUGGUAGUCAGCUUGCAAAAAUCACAAUGAAAGUUCAAUCCAGCAGAAUACUAUUAUUAGAAAAAGAGUUUUGUGGCAGUUGCCCAGAAUCUUAACCUGUUUGAAAAUUUUGUGAAUGAGCAACAAUUUGACUAGCACAUCGAAAACUAAAAUAUUAGUUGAAUGAAGGAGUAGUAUACUUAGGAUGAAAUCAGAAUUUAUUUCAGAGUUUGUGAUUUAUGUAUUUGUCUAUGAUCUGGAAUUGCUUACAGGAUGUCUUUUUUAAGAAGAUAUUUUAGAUUUGUCGGAAUGCUCUGUGGGCCUGAUUUUUGCUAGGCAAAGGCUAAUGUAAAUAAUGCUAUUGAGUUCCCAGUAGAAUUCCUGCUUCUGUUGAAAAAUCCUGCUGAGGGAGGAAAGAGUGGAAAAUAGUGGAGCAGAGUUUCCAUGGGGUUUCACUUUUCUGUAACUUUGGUGGAAGAUUCUGGAACAGGAAGAACAUGCCUCAGUCCUUGAACUAGACUUCUGCCCAGGCUAGUAUAUUAUGCCAAGUCAGUGAACCUUUAUUUUAUGUAGCAAACCUGUUCUAAGGUACCUUUUCAAAAGUCUCUUGAAAUUCAGAUAUAUGAAUUCCACAAGUUCCCCCUUAGUCACCCUGGUAGUUACAUUCUCAUAAGAAUUAUUAGAUUUAUGAUGCCAUUUUGAUUCUGCUUAAUCAUGUUGCAAUCAUUUUAAAGCCAUUUUACCACAUCCUCAAUAAUGGAUUCUGAUAUUAUAGGAGAUUUAUUGGAAAAUAUAUGGAAAGCAUGCUUAAAUUGCUUGGUAUUUGCUUAAAUUGAUUGAUACAAAAUGGCUAGAUAACUUUGGUUCUGUUUUUCAAAAUGGCUCUGUAUAAGAUGACUAAAAAGCUAAUUGAGAACAUUCUUCUGGGUAACUAAUGUUCUAUUGUAUCCGAAUAUGGUAAUGUUCUGUCGAUAACUAAGGGCUGACCGUAUAUGGUGAUGGGGUGAUGUUGUUCAAAAUGGUGAGAUCUGAUGUCCGCUAGGCAUCUAAUUUUACUUUGUGCAGCCAUUUGGUUCUGUUUUUUUGCCCAUUUGGUUUUGUUUUUUAAUUUCUGCUAUUUGGGCUUGGAUGUUUGGAAUCACGUACUCUUGUACUAUAAAGGGGGACUGCGCGCUGUCUUCAGCGGGCAGUCGGUGGGCAAUCUAGCACGAUCGGUGAUUGACUCUCUGACUGUCACAGCUUUUGUUCGCAAAUAAAAGUUUAAAUUCUU